GCAUGCCCACUUCCCAUUCAUGCAGCAUGCGGCUGAAGUCUACAACUUAGUACAAUAGCAAAACGCCGCGCUGACCUCAGCGUUGGAAUAGACGACAGCCCGCCUGCACGCAGCGGGAGCGCUUGCAAACGGCCGAAUAGAAGGCCUGACUGCUUUAUCGCCAUCGUCCUGCAUCAGCAGCCACACAGGACCUAGAAUUCAGCUUCCGCGUCAUCUGAUAGACGCCCGCUCCGAGGUAGAGGAGGGCGGAAUGACGAAUAAAUGGGAGGGCUCCCGCGGUCGGACUUCAGCCCUGUCAAGAUCAUUCUGUGUUACCAUCGAAUCCUUCUUUUCUAUUCUAUCGCGAGUUCCAUACUGGACAAUUGGCUUUGUCUCUCACGCGUCAAGUUUCAUUUAGGACAUCAUCUUCCUCCUUUUCCAUCCCAACAAUGCCAUCACAACCGGCCCCUCUCACCACCACCCCACCCCUCCUCCGCCUCCCCCUCGAACUCCGCGACCUCAUCUACGCCCUCGUCUUCGCCGACCUCGUCAUCACGCACGCCCUCCCCACCCCGUCCUCCUCCUCCUCCUCCUCUCCCAAACCCCUCCCCCCUUCCCACCGCACCGCCCUCCUCCGCACCUCCUCCCAACUCCACCACGAAGCCCGCCCCCACCUCCUCGCGGCCACCACCCUGCGCUUCCCCUCCACAGAAAGCCUCCUCACCACCCUCGUCCCCCUCGCGCCCGCCACCCUCUCCCACCUCCGCCGCAUCCGCGUCACCGCCUACCCCUUCCCGCUGCACACGGACCGCGGCAUGCGGUACUACGCGACGUAUGGCUUCGCGGCGGCGCUGGCGCUGCUGCCGGGGCUGCGGGUGCGCGAGCUGGAGGUGGAGGAUGCGUUCGGCGGGACGGCGGCCGAGGGCGUGGCGAGCGAGGUGGGCAGGCUGGUAGCGAGCGACGGGUGGCAGGAGCUGCGGCUUGUGGCGCGGACGGCGGGGGAGGCGCAGUGGGGCGGGCUUGCGAGGGUGGGGGAGUGGGAUCGGGCGCUGAAGGGGAAGGAUGGGGCGAGGUCGGGGGCGAGUGUGAGUGUGUGGGUGGGUGGGAGUGGUGCUGGGAAGGAGGUGCGGUUGACGGCGACGAGGGGGAGGGGGGCGGAUAUUGUGCAGGGGGCGCAGGGAGAGGAGGGGAGGAGUUGGGCGGAGAUGAAGGGGAAAGGGGUGUUUCCGGAUGAUUGGGAACGGUGGUAUUAUGAUGAGGCAGAUAGAGCGGGGUGGUUGUACGGGGGUUGGAGUCGCAGGAUGCAGUUGGCGGUUAGGGGGUUGAGGUGA